AUGUCAAGCCCACCAAGUUUAUUUUAUGAUGAAACUUUGGAACCAAUGAAUAUAUCUUACUUUGAUGAAGAUAGUGAAUUAUUAUCAUCAGCAAAAGCUACUACUAGUAGUGAGUCUUCUACAUGUACAACCAG